GGGGUUAGGGUUACCAUCCAUUCCAAUUCCAUUUCCCCUACUCCCAGGGUCAGUUACCUAUCCCCUUGAUUUCUUCAUAAUUUACCAAUUUUCAAUCUCUUCUUUUUCUCUCUCUACUCUCCCCGAAACCUUAAUUAAUAAAUUAAAUCAAUCUCUUUAAUUUUCAUUUUUCCAUUUCUCCUUUUUAUUAUUAUUUAAUCAAUAAUCAAUCUCUGUAGAUCCAAUUUUCAAACCCUCAUCAUUUUUUUAAUAUCAAUGUAUGGGGUGUUUUGACAUCUGGAAGAGAUCAUGUUGCAGUGCCUAGACGGAUUAAAGCAUUUGUGUGGUGCUGUAAUAAAUUGUUGCGAUUCUGAUUCGAUAAAUCAACCUAGAGGUUUAGAAAAUCCAGAACUUCUUGCAAGAGAGACAGUGUUUAGUGUAAGUGAGAUUGAAGCACUAUAUGAACUCUUCAAGAAGAUCAGCAGUGCAGUGAUUGACGAUGGGCUAAUUAAUAAGGAAGAAUUUCAGUUGGCAUUGUUCAAGUCAAACAAGAAGGAGAGCUUAUUUGCAGACAGGGUGUUUGACUUGUUUGAUACAAAGCACAAUGGGAUACUUGAUUUUGAAGAGUUUGCACGUGCUCUGUCUGUUUUUCAUCCCAACGCACCAAUUGAUGAUAAGAUUGAGUUUUCUUUCCAAUUGUAUGAUCUCAAACAGCAAGGUUUUAUUGAAAGACAGGAGGUAAAACAAAUGGUGGUGGCUACUCUAGCUGAAUCUGGUAUGAAUCUUUCAGAUGACGUGAUCGAAAGUAUUAUUGACAAGACAUUUGAGGAAGCUGAUACAAAACAUGAUGGGAAGAUUGACAAGGAAGAAUGGCGAAACCUAGUUUUGCGGCAUCCAUCCCUUCUGAAAAAUAUGACUCUUCAGUAUUUGAAAGAUAUAACCACCACAUUUCCUAGUUUUGUUUUUCACUCGCAAGUUGAUGAUACUUGAGGCAGCUGCAUCAUCCAUGUCACUUUUAUUGGUCUUGAAUAUCAAUGGUUUAUGUUUCGCUUGUGAAUACUGGGAUUUUGUUUGAGGAUGAAGUUCAAGAUGGAUAUAGACGUUGUUUAUAUUUUGCCGAAUAGAAAUUUGUUUCAUGUUUUGGAUCAUUGAGGUUUGUAGAUUGGAAAAAUGGGUUUGCUUAUUGAUUUCCUUCAUUUGAGAAUAAAAGGAAACCAUAUAGAAUA